AUGAUGAUGUGUGACAGAGGCGUUCAAAUGCUAAUCACGACAGUGGGUGCUUUUGCUGCGUUUAGUCUAAUGACAAUCGCGGUGGGGACAGACUACUGGCUGUACUCAAGAGGGGUGUGCAGGACCAAAAACGCCAACGACAACGACACAAGCAAGAAGAACGAAGAGGUGAUGACCCACUCUGGACUGUGGAGAACCUGCUGCCUUGAAGGAACGUUUCGGGGAGUCUGUAAGAAGAUUGAUCACUUCCCUGAAGAUGCAGACUAUGACCAGGAUGCAGCAGAGUAUUUACUGCGUGCGGUGAGGGCGUCCAGUAUCUUCCCCAUCAUGAGUGUGGGACUGCUCUUCAUGGGAGGUCUGUGUGUAGCCGCUAGCGAGUUCUACCGCAGCCGACACAAUGUCAUACUCAGCGCCGGCAUAUUCUUUGUAUCGGCAGGCCUGAGCAACAUCAUCGGCAUCAUCGUGUACAUCUCGGCCAACUCGGGCGACCCGGGCCAGAGCGACUCCAAGAAGAGCGGCUACGCGUACGGCUGGAGCUUCUACUUCGGCGCGCUGUCCUUCAUCAUGGCGGAGAUGGUGGGCGUGCUGGCCGUGCACAUGUUCAUCGAGAAGCACCGCAAGCUGCGCGCCAAGUCGCGCACGGAGCUCAUCAAGAAGUCGGGCGCCGCCAUGUUCGGCCGCAUCCCCAGCUACCGCUACCGCUUCCGGCGCCGCUCCAGCUGCCGCAGCAGCGAGCCGGCCUCGCGCGACGCCUCGCCCAUCGGCAAGCAGGGCUACACGGGGCCGGCCGCCGCCAACAUCUCCAUGUACACGCUGUCGCGGGACCCCAGCAAGGCGUCCAUGGGCGCGCUGCUCAACUCCGAGAGGGAGUUCCUCCAGCAGCAGCAGCAGCAGCAGACGCUCAACUCCAACAGCAAGGACUUCAAGGACGCCGCCAACAGGAGGACCACUCCGGUGUGA